AGGUGCUAGCUUUAGGUCAUUUUCUGACAACAAUAAAGGAAAUGUGAAUUCGAAUAGUUGAGAAUAAAAUGGAGAUCGAUAAUGGGGGACUGUUUUUUAUUAUUUUUUUAUCAUAUCAUGACUUUAUGUAAUCAACUUUCUUACUUUAUGAGCUCUCACCGUGUCAUCAGUCUACUAGUUUCAUCAUUGUCCACUCCGGGAUCAGUCAAAGCAACCCAGAAAACAAAGUUUCCAAAUUUUCACCAUUUUCAAAUAAUCCAUCAAAUGUUAUUCGGAAGAAUCAGAUUCCAGUCUAUAAACAGGGGAGAGAAGAGGAGAUUCUAACCAAAUUCAUCGACAUGAUCAAGAUUACUGAUUUAUUUGAACAUUUCCUGCUUUUGAUCUUCAUAUUCGUCUCUGCUAAAGUUGAAGGAUUUACAGGAACUUAUGGGAUAAAUUAUGGUAGAAUAGCUAAUAAUAUACCGUCGCCAGAUGAAGUUGUUUUGCUUUUAAAAGCUGCGAAAAUAAAGAACGUUAGAAUUUAUGAUGCUGACCAUAGUGUUCUUCAAGCUUUCAGUAAGACAGGUCUUGAAUUAGUAGUUGGACUUCCAAACGAGAAUUUGAAAGAUGUUAGUUCAAAUCCAGAUCACGCACUUACAUGGGUUAAAGACAAUGUAAAAGCUUUCCUCCCCGACACAAACAUCCUAGGAAUAGCAGUUGGAAAUGAAGUGUUGGGAGGAAAUGAUCAGUCACUAUGGGAAGUCUUGUUUGGUGCUGUUAGAAACAUUUACAACGCCACCAAACGCCUUCAAAUCGAUGAUAAAGUUCAGAUUUCAACUGCCCACUCAACAGCAGUUUUCGACAGAUCAUAUCCUCCUUCUUCCUGCAUAUUUCGAGAGAAUAUCGCUCAUUAUAUGAAGCCACUUAUGGAAUUCUUCACGAAAACAGGAUCACCUUUCUGUCUCAACGCAUACCCGUUCUUGGCUUACAUGUAUAAUCCAAAUGAUAUCAAUAUAAACUAUGCACUUUUCCAGCCCAAUGAUGGUAUUUACGACGAAAAAACAGGGCUGCAUUAUGAUAACAUGUUGGAUGCUAUAACUGAUGCUGCAUAUGCUGCUCUUCAAGAUGCUGGAUUUGGAAAGAUGGAAGUUAUAGUUACUGAAACCGGUUGGGCUUCUCAUGGAGAUUCGAAUGAAGCUGCUGCGACAGUAAAGAAUGCUAGGACGUUUAAUUAUAAUCUGAGGAAGAGAUUAGCGAAAAGAAAAGGAACUCCUUUGAGACCGAAAAGGGUAUUGAAGGCUUAUGUUUUUGCGUUGUUUAAUGAGAAUUCGAAGCCUGGUCCGGGAUCGGAGAGGAACUUUGGACUAUUUAAAGCCGAUGGGAGUAUUUCGUAUGAUGUUGGAUUUCAUGGGCUAAAAUCUUCUGCAUCAAAGGUAAUCUAGGUGAUGGAUGAUAUUGUGUUAAAGAUUAACUAGUAUUGCUGAUACAAUUUUUAGUUAAGUCAGCAAAAUAAUCAAUGUGUAUUGAGUUUGGAGAUAAUAUAAUCUAUCUAUCUAUAUGUAAUUUUAUUAUGUAUCAGUUACAUGCUGAUUAAAUCGUAUGAAUCUCGAAUCUUGGUGUUGUUUUCAUGU